AACCAACAACCUGUCUUUAGCCGACAUCGAGUUCACAGCUAGUCGAAAUGGCCAAGAGAACUACCAGUAAGGAAUUCUUUUUCCUCUGAAAAUAUUGCAUCGACAUACCAUAGACAAAUUUCAUCAAACGACGUUCAACGUUGAUGAAAUCCCUUCCUCUUCUGCCGCACGGAUAUUCGUCGAACAGUCUGCUAACUGGUUCUCUAGAGGUCGGUAUUACCGGCAAGUACGGUGUCAGAUACGGUGCUUCCCUCCGUAAGCAAUUGAAGCGUCUCGAAGUUGCCCAGCACGCUCGUUACACCUGCACUUUCUGCGGUCGUAACACCGUCCGCCGUCACUCCGUCGGUAUCUGGAACUGCUCCGGCUGCAAGAAGACCAUGACCGGUGGUGCCUACACCCUCUCUACACCCGCUGCCUCCGCUGCUCGUUCGACCCUCCGUCGUCUCCGUGAAAUUAACGAGUAAAUGUUGAACGACAUUGAUUUGGCGCAGUUCUUUUAAAUAUGGGUUACGGGGUAUUUGUUGUGACUUCUUUUUAAAAAUGGCUUGAUUGCAUCUGGAUGAUAUUCCUUCCACGGAAGAGGAAAGCGGUCCUGAAAUAUGAUCAUUGUUCACGAGCUUCUCCUUCCGGCGGGCAUCACUGUGCAGUGUAUGCGGAUUCUCUCGUGUAUGUAGCUUGGAUUCGACGAAUUAGAAAAGCUGAAUACCGCCUUUGAUU